GUAGCGUGGCGAGGGCGGGCCGUGUGACGUCGAGCUUCAGUCCUCUGCUGUUUAUUGUUCCUUCUUCAGCUCCGGCAGAGAAACGGGCUAACGAGCCGACACCUUUACACACGGCUCACGGUUCACACGGAGGCGUACCUGUCCAGACAGCUGACUGCACAAAACCCAGGAGCCAUGGCGUACGCGUACCUCUUCAAAUACAUCAUCAUCGGGGAUACAGGUGUGGGGAAGUCAUGUUUAUUACUACAGUUCACAGACAAGAGGUUUCAGCCGGUUCACGACCUCACUAUUGGUGUGGAGUUUGGAGCGAGGAUGAUCACUAUAGAUGGCAAACAGAUCAAACUGCAGAUCUGGGAUACGGCCGGGCAGGAGUCCUUCCGCUCCAUCACCAGGUCUUACUACAGAGGAGCAGCAGGAGCCCUGCUGGUGUAUGAUAUCACAAGAAGGGAUACCUUCAACCACUUGACGACCUGGUUAGAGGAUGCUCGCCAACAUUCCAACUCCAACAUGGUCAUCAUGCUCAUCGGCAACAAGAGUGACCUGGAGUCGAGGAGAGAGGUGAAGAAAGAAGAAGGUGAAGCAUUCGCGAGAGAACAUGGCCUCAUAUUCAUGGAGACCUCAGCCAAGACUGCCUCUAAUGUAGAGGAGGCUUUCAUCAACACAGCCAAGGAGAUCUACGAGAAGAUCCAAGAGGGAGUGUUCGAUAUCAACAACGAGGCUAACGGCAUCAAGAUUGGACCCCAGCAUCCUACCACCAACUCCACACUUUCCGGUAGCCAGGGAGGCCAACAAGCUGGAGGGGGCUGCUGCUGAAGCCCCAAAGCACACCUCCUCCUCCUCCUCCUCCUCCUUCAACUCUUCCCCUCUUCCCCUGUCUCAUCCUCAUCCUCAUCCUCCCCCUCUCCAAACCUUCCUUGCGUUUCUACAGAACUGUCCAGACUCACUUGCAGUUUGUUAACUUCUCUCUCACACAUUCUUUCAUUCUUCCCUCCUUCACUGUUUUUGUUUUUGUUUUGCUCCCCCCCGCCCUCCAGCCUUGUCUUUAGACCCUCAGGUCGAGGGGCUGCGUCCCCCCCGACUGUACGUUAUCCUGACUUCCUGCGGUCUCUUACAGAGUCGGCUUCACCUGCACAUUUAGAAGUUCUGAAGUUUUGUUGUUUCUUGUUUUUGGGGGGGUGGGUGGGUGGGGCGGGAGAUAAACAGAUUUUAAUCUUUUAUUUAAAAAAAACACUCACACAGGAUUACAGAUUAAUUUACAAACCUAUUUUUGGGAUACUUCAGUACCUCAUGAGAAACCAAACCAAUCUUUGAAGACGAGCUGUUGUGGUCCUGAUAGAGACCGGAUCGUGGGUAAGGGUUAAACGCUCUCUAAACACCUGACUGUAUGGAAUAAAUCAUGCGCUGCUGUGUUGUGUCUGUUGCACACAUCUGUACAUGUUUGAAGAGAGGUGACACAGCACGUUGAUAGCAGGACAUGUCUCCACAUGUGGAGUGGAUUUCCAUGCUGUGCCUGUGUGUAGACCAUGAUAUAGGUAUUCCAGUGUGUCAGGAAGCAUUGAAGUGGCUCUGUAAUUUCUCUCCAUAAAAAAACAAAGUGCAAAUUAUGUUAGUUUGUGCUUCCUGUCCCUUUUUUCAUACUCUGUCGCUCACUCUUUGUCUCUUUUGUGUCUUUUGUUGACUUGCAGAUGAUUUGUAUUUAAUGAACACUAAAAAUCUGGUUUAAGGUUUCAAAUGUUUUAAGUAGUCUGGGGGGAGAGGAUCAAAGACCAAACUGUUUAGUGUAAAAUGUCCUUUUUUUAAAUGUGGAAGUAAAAAUAAAAAAUAUGUAAAGGGGCGUCGCCAUUAUGAAGAGAAGAAGUAAAGAGAGGAAGUGCAUUGGAAA